AUGGCCACUGUAGCAGACGCCGAUGGCGACACGAAUAUGGAGCCUAUCUCACCCAAGAACCGGACAACAUUCAGGGCACCCACCCUUGAGCGCAUCGACAGUCUCGCAUCCAUGGAGUCGCGCGUGGACCCAGAUGCGCAAACCACUGUGACGGACUUUCUCGAUUUCACGGAUUACCUCCCUUCCGAUAUUGUGCGAUCCCUUACACUUAUCGGCAAACUCGACGAAACGUACGCCAAAGCAUCCCACAAAGUUCACGACCUGACUACAGUAUGGGGUCGACUACCAACGCUUGCCCAAGAGGAACGUCCGGCGCCAGUGCAGCUUCGGGCGGAUAUCUCUGAGCAACUCGAACUGGCUGUUAAUUCUCGUGCUUUUGCGCAUGCAGAAGCUAUUAGAAUGUCGGACAACGUCAACCGGCACUGCAACAAGGCCAAGGUCUUGCUAUCCAAACUGCAGAAGAUGCGAGACAACUAUCCAACAGAGGAACCCAAGAGUCCAGUUCAGUCAAAGUCGCCACAACUAGCUAGAAGCAAGGCAGCCGUUAAGCCUGGUGAUGGUGUUCAGAAGCCCCGACGUCCCCAGGUCCCCAGGAUCAUUGUGCCCGGUGAGGUUCUAGCACCAUACGAUCUUGAUUAUGAUACAUAUACCGAGGAAAGCGAUGUGAGCUCCGACGACGACUCGGAUGUACCUGCAACCAACCGAAGAACCCCAGCACCUGGAUCUCGGAUCAAGCUUGUUUCCAGCAAACCACCAAAGACACCGAAUCGCCAUGCUCGGCCAGUCACAUAUGCUACGCCAGCUCUCCUCCAAGCCGCUGCAGCCAACAAUGCUGCCUUGCUCCACCCCCCUCCCGAGGAUGCCGUUGUGGGUAGUCCUGAUGCCCCAUGGCUUCAGCUUACUCAGUAUGAGUUGGCAAGAUUACGAAAGCGCAUGAAGAAAAAUGCAACAUGGACACCCAGCGAAACGAUGAUCGCUCGUGAACUUAAAAUUCUUGGUCGUGGCCCGGAUGCAUAUCACGAAGCCAAGAAGCAUGCAGAAGAUGAGGGUCAGACCUUUGAACCUCCAGUCCCUACACCGGUGGUCGAUACCGAGUCAGGGGAGAAGCAGCUGCCUGCUGGCGCCCUUGAUGCCGAGAUCUUGGAAGCCGAUGAAGUACCCACCAGCAAUCGGGGGAUGAAGCUCAACGAGGCCAAAAAGGUCAAGCGUGAAGUCCUUGCGAAAAUGGCCGCAGAGGAAGCAGAGGAAUCGGCAAGGAAGAUGAACGAGGCCGCAAAGUUAUUUCUCGGAAACGGAAACAACAGCAACAACGGGAGUAACGGGACUCCGAAGACACCAACGUCUGAGACGCCCAAAGAAAACACAAAGGUAAAGGAAGCUCCAAAACCUAAGGAUACUCCCAAACCCAAGGAGAUUCCCAAGCCCAAAGAGACUCCCAAACCCGCAGAGGUUCCAAAGCCUGCAGAGACUCUAAAGCCCGCGGAGACCCCAAAGCCCAAAGAAACUCCAAAACCCGCCAAAACCCGAGCAGGAUCGCGAUCAACAAAGCGAAAAAGAGAACCAGAGAUUGAUGAGUCCAACAAUGUCAAUGAGAGUGGUGAGAAGAACGAGAGUCAGCCACAACGACCUCAAAUCAAACGCGUCAAGACGGAAACUCCGGUUCCGCCGCCUCAGCAAGUGAGGUUGAGUAAGGGUCCAACUCCUGAGAUUACGCCUGGAGAUCAUCCUGUUGUAUCGCAUGCUGAAACACCAGUUCCUAUACCUAUUCCUGGCAUGGCGACCAGAGGAUCGGCAAAGUCUCCCACGCCAAUUCCAGCUACGGCUAACAACACGGGGGCUAUUAAACCCCCUCCACAUCAAACCCCAGUCCCUCUACCUAAUACUGAAUCACGAAAGUCAGUGACUCCUGUCCUCCCUCCAGUGAGGGAGACCACAAAAAGAGAAACCCGUGGUGAGGCAGCAAAGCGUACACAGGCACAACAGCAACAGACAGAAACACCACAUCCUCAAGUGAUCGAGCCAAUACCAGAGAAGUCGGAGGAAGAACCUCUUAAGUCUGAGCAGAAAUCCUCUCCACUACUACAAACACAGCCCAUUCAGAUUGCCCUUGCGCCUCCACACUCUCCUCCUCCCCCUCCUCAAUUUGCUCCAGAGACAGUAAACAAACAGAUCCUUUCUCGCGCGCCUACUCCUCAACUAACUCCUGGCCCUGAAGGCCUCGCCAUCCGCCGACCAAGCUCUCGAGGCAAAGCUGCGAGUCAAGAGCCGCAGCCCUCGUUAGCUGCAGAUCGGCCACGUCGAGCGAGCACUGCUCGCAACACCCCUGCCCCGGAACCUCGACCACCAAAGCGAACUAAGCGGCCUGCUCCUGGAAUUGUUAGCACCACCAAAAGCGGCGGUAACAGCGCUGUUGGUAAGCGAAAGGCUCCACCGAAGAAGAAGGCCCGUCAGAAGAAGGACAGGGGAUCUGUCGAAGUCGAGAUGGAGGACGUGGAUGAUGAUGGAAAUCCUAUUGACCCUGACGAACCGAAGUACUGCCUCUGUAAUAGAGUCAGUUUCGGUACAAUGAUUGCUUGCGAAAAUUCCGACGUAAGCGACUCUUCUGCCGCAAACACCUAUCCACUCUCCAUAGCGGCACGCCAAAAGCAAGCAGACAUUAAACUGACAAGCCAGCAGUGUAAGCAGGAGUGGUUCCAUCUCGCAUGCGUCGAUCUCACUGAGGUGCCUGCGCGUACAACGAAGUGGUACUGUCCUGAUUGUCGGGUCAAGCUCAACAUUGGUGAGAAGGGCGAGGUCAGUGCUCGCGGUAUCAAGAAGUAG